AUGCUCAUUCUUUUUGAUCCUGUCACAAAGCACUGCACCGAGAUAACUCAAAUAAAACCCUAUCAGUCGAACAAAUUUCGACGCUGUGCUUGUCGUCAUGAUCGCCUAUUCAUUACCUACUGGGGACAAGAGAACGUUGUCGAAUUGUUUCGAAUCAGCACUUGGGAAAAAGAACAACGUUGGUUAAGUCCUGUCACAUGUCGUGCGAACGAAUUAAUCACUUGCAUUCAACUGAGUUCCAAUGAUCUGCUAGCCUUGUGCAUUCAAGAUGAAAAUAAUCGAUGUAGUCGACAAUUUCGCUUCGAACUUCGAGAUUUAACACUCAAUAUUCUUCACACUGUACCAUGUAGAGUUGAUACAGGCAUUUUCUCGCGUAUGACAGAGUUACCCGAUAAUAAUUGGGCUUUGUUGAAUGUGGAUGACAGUCUUAUUUUUGUAAUCAAGGCACAAGGCGAACUUAUUGACAGAAUUGAGUGGCCUCAUGAAUCACUAGUUAAUGUGGCUGUAGUGGGCGAAAACACAGUAGCUAUUCGCACAAGAGCCAAGAUCUUAUUUUAUGAUGUUCAAUUUCAUAGAGAUGGACAAAGACAAUGA